AUGGAUAAUUCAAAAAUUAUUAUAGAUCAGAUAUUUUAGAAGCUUAAUGCAGACACAUCUUUCGAUUACUAUACUAUAAAAGGUUUAAUUAAUCUUAUGAGCUAUGAAAAACCAUAGUAUUCUUCCUACGAAUUUGUUGGAGCUGGCUUGAAUAGCUUAGUUUUGAAAGUCAAUGAUGACACUGCAUUGAAAAUUAUGAAGGUAACUAACCAAAAUUUAGAACUUUUGAAAGAACUUGACCAAAGAGUAUCUAAUUUAAGAACAGCAGGGAAAAAUAACUACGUUUAAUAAGUUGAUUCAAGCUAUUUCUUAUCUGAAAAUAUUUCUAAUACCUCUACUCCUGUCUUUUAUGUUUAAGAAAUGGAUCUAUGCACAGGAAAUUUAGAUAGCUAUUUAUCAGGACUAAAUUAAAAAGAAUAGUCUCUUAAUGAUACUUAGAAUGAAAGAAUAGCAAUUUAGUUAUUAGAUGCUCUAAUGAUUAUCCAUGCUUUUGGAUUCAUCCACAAUAACAUCAAAUUAACUAAUAUUUUGUAUAAGGAGCAAAGUAAUGGGCAGAUUGUCUUCAAAAUAGCUGAUUUGGGACUUUACAGACUUGAAGAUUUCUCAAAAUGGAAUAUUUAAGGAAGAUUAAAUAGAAACGCAUAAAAAACAAUCGAUAUUUAUCAACCACAAGAAGCUUAUUAUAAUCAAUAUAGUUCUAAGAGUGAUUUAUUCUGCUUAGGUCUGAUAUUCCUUCAAUUAGAAAAUACAAACUUUGACUUUUAAAAUAUGCAAAUAAGUGAGUUUGUAGCAUUCUAAAACAAACUUGAUAAAAAUGAAUUCCCAUUUGAGGAAUCUCUCUUGAAAGACAGUCUUUUGUCUUAGAUUAUUUAAGAAUGGCUAAAAGACAUUCCUUCUGAAAGAAAAGAUGAAAAAGCUGUUCUGGCUCAUUUGCUUUUAAAAUAGAAAUAAUGUUCUUUAAACGAAGAUUUAUAAGUAUACUCUUUCAACUUUUAAGCUCCCUUAUAAUAAUAAGUAUAGGGCUAAGCACAAUUAUUUUAAGUAUCUUCAUAACCUUAGUAAAGAUAAAAAGAAUGGCUUAUAGAUUGGGAUUACUUUUAGCAAGAAGGAUCUAUAUUUGAAAUGAUUAAGGCAACUUUCGAAGCAUAAAAAGAAAACUACUUAAACCAAUCAGAAUUAAAACUUAUUUUUGAAUGUACCAAAGAAAGAAAAAAACUAGCAUUAGAUGAUGAUUCAAUCAGCAUCAUUUCUAAAGUUUUAAAAUAACUUCAGUUUGCUGAGUCUCUUGAAUUAAACCUUAAGAAAAACUAAAUUGGAGAUUUAGGAUUAAGAGAAUUGAGUGAUGCUCUUCUACUUUUUGAGGAUUUAAUAUAAUUAAAAUUAGAUUUAUCAUAAAAUAUGAUCACUGAUAUGGGAAUAGAUUACCUUCGCCACUAACUAAAAUAAAUCUAAUAGCUAAAGAAAGUUGAUCUAAUUUUUAAUGAAAAUGAUUUUUCUGAUAGUGGAAGUGUAGUUGAGGCCUUUUAUAAUGAUAUAAAACCUUUAAUGAAUGAAUUUAAUAUAAGUGUUUGA